AUUAAACCCCGUCUCACGAGUGAGUACAUACACUAGUUGCGUGAAAGAGUAAUCCUAAUUCCUAACUUCACACCACGGUGCCCCUCUCUCUCGCGCGCCACGGCCGCCCUCUCACCAUAGGCCACUACACCCUCUCUCGGCUCGGCUUGCUCGGCUCUCCGUCUUCGUCUCGACUGCGAAUCUCUGCUCUUCUCCCUCAUCGCUUUGUCUCCGUCUCUCUCGUGCUAUCUGCGAAUUGCUGCUACGCAAGAUGAGUUGUCCGUGUCCGUUACAACCUGCGAUGCUUAUGGGUUCACCUAGUUUUCCAAACGCCAUUGCUUGGUCUGACGACAACCUCAUUGCCGUUGCUGCCGGCCACCUCAUUACCAUUCUUAGACCUGACUUGCCUAAUGGACCACGCGGCUUGAUUAAAGUCUCCCCACGCGAGCCCCUUAUAUUAGGGUUUAUAGAAAGAAAAGAUUUACUCUCUGGGUGCCUCCUGCCUACGUCUUUGUAUCGAGAUGAUAAGCCAGUUGUCCGAUCAAUAUCCUGGUCUCCACUUGGCAUGGCUGCCAACUCAGGGUGUUUGUUAGCUGUUUGCACCUCUGAAGGACAUGUGAAGGUUUAUCGUCCACCUUUUUGUGAUUUUUGUGCUGAAUGGAUUGAGGUUGUUGACAUAACUGACAGGCUGCAUGAAUAUUUCAAAUGUACUGAGUUUCGAGGUACAUGGAAUCCUUCAUUAGAUUUUUCUGAAGUUCCCAGCAUUAGACCGUGUCGGCUGAAAAAUGCAUCAGGUCAAGCAGAUUCUAUCACAUCUAAUGAUGAAUUAUCGAAAAAAAUGCCUGAGAACCAAUUGAUGCAAUUGAUAAGUGCUGACGAAUAUGCUUCUCGUAGUGCAAUGCUAUAUUCACUUGUUGUUUCGUGGUCACCCUUGCUGCAUGAAGCAUCUGAAUUUUGUCCUGAUCCUAAUACAAGUGCGUCUGUCAGUCUUCUUGCUGUCGGAGGGAAGUCUGGUAAAAUUUAUCUUUGGAGAUUUCACCAACCAGAUUGCUAUACUAUUGAGGAGAGAAAAGCCCCACCUGUUGUGAAGUUUGUUGGUUUUCUUCAGGCACACAAUUCAUGGAUCACAACAAUGAGUUGGCUAUUGUUUGCUUUUGAUUCUUCAAAACCUCAAAUUAUAUUAGCCACUGGAAGCUCUGAUGGGAGUGUGAAGGUUUGGUUGGGUGAUCACAACAAAUUGCUAAAAUCAUCAGAAGUUGAUCAAACUUCCUUCUUCUUAUUGAAGGAGGUUAUAACUGUCAAUGCUGUCCCAGUUUCGGUACUUUCAGUAACUGUGCAUUUUCAAUACCCCUCCAAGAUGCUUUUAGCCAUUGGCAAAGGUUCUGGUUCGAUUGAGAUAUGGCUAUGCGACAUAUCUUCUCGGGAAUUUGAUAAGCUUGGCUCUUACGAUGCACAUUAUUAUGUUGUUACAGGUUUAACUUGGGCAUUUGGUGGAAGAUAUCUGUGCAGCUGUAGCCAGGAUAAUUUAUUGCGUGGCUGGAUUUUGCACGAGCGCCGCCUAGAUGAAAAAACCAUAUUUUCUGAUAUGCCCCGUAGUAAUGACUCAACCUGCCCUUCAAGAGAUGCAUUUGACUCAUGUUUUGGUUUCGCCGUGUCCCCUGGAAAUCUUGUCGUUGCAACUGUUCAUUGCUUUGAUGUGGAUAAGCUGAAUCGAAUGUAUGAAGCAAGGAUUCUGAGGGCAGCUAUUGAAUACUUCUGGAUUGGUGGGCUACAAGUGGAUGGGCCGAAAUCUCCUUUAUCAUGUUACAUUGAAGAACUUCCCAGUUUUCCAGAGAAAGAAUUAACUUAUUGGGGUGCCAAUAUCAUAUGGUCUUUAAAACAGUACCAAUGUCUUGAUAAGCCUCUGGUUUUUUGGGAUAUAAUUGCAGCAUUAUUGGCUUUCAAGGAUAACAAGUCAAAAUAUGUAGAACAUUUAAUGAUUAAAUGGCUUUCGUUAUCAUUUCUGGGAUCACAUACAAAUCUUCCUCCCGAAGAAGUGUUAUCACGUGUCUUUUCAAGGUUGUCAGACAUUCCUUCUCGAAUGCUACACUUGCUCAAUAUAAUAUGUAGACGUGUAAUGUUAGCACAGCUGGAUGCUGAUCAGAUAACCAGAAUAAACAGCAAAGUUAAAAACAUGGAAGAGGUAUGUCCUGUAAUUGAAGAGCAAAUGACUAAGUGGAUAGAAAUUCUUUUACACAGUGAAAGAGAGCUCCGUGAAAGGCUCAUCGGCUUUACUUUCUCGGCUAUCCAAACUAGUGUGUUCCAUCUAGAAACUCCAUCCCAACCUGGCCGUUGGUAUCCUGUUGGAUUAGCACAGAUGGAACAAUGGAUUGCUUUAAAUCAAGAACACAUACGUGACCAGUUGAAGUUCAUUGCAUCAAAAGUUACUCAGGGGAAAAGUAACAGGUCUGUGACCAGGAGAUGUUCAUCAGUGGAGUCAUGCAGUUAUUGUUCAGCGCCUGUUCCAUUUGAAUCCCCAGAGUUUGGUUUUUGUCAAAGUAAAAAUUGCAUUAGUGGUAAUGUUAAAGGUCACAAGUUAUUGAGAUGUGCUGUUUGUAUGGAGGUUUGCCCUAGUACCCCCCUAUGGUUUUGUGUAUGUUGCCACAGGUUUGUGUUUAGAUUGCCGCCAGAACCACUUUUUAGAAUGUCUUCAUAUUGUCUAGAUUCAGACUCUUCAAAUAGAUCUUUGUCGCAAGCUGUAUCCUCAAAACCGCUGUGUCCCUUUUGUGGGAUACUGUUACAGCGAAAACAACCAGACUUUCUACUUUCUCCUACACCUGUAUAAGAAUAUUGAACUAUAAAUUAUGAAAAUGUAAAUUGUAAUUUUAAGAGGUUUUGAUGCUUUGUAUCAUGGCCUUCAUCUGGAGUUAUAUUAUCACUGAGAGGUUUCUUGUUUGAAACCACUAUAAACUUAUUGAUCAUCAAUUUGAUGCCUGGUGGAGGAGGGUUGAAAUGAAAAAGGUAGGUUUCCAAA